AUGACCAAUGUUCCAAAUAUACUUGACAAAUAUCUACAUUCAAUUAAUGAAUUUACUGAAUUAUCUGGAUUAUUCAUACUAGAUUCAAAGAAUAAUAAGCAAAAAGAAAGCAUAUUGGGAUCAAAACUAGAUUAA